AUGAAUCAGGUAGAAGAAGACACGCGAACUAAAGAACAAGAAACUUUGGCGAAAGAAUUGGAUUGGUUGCUGGUUUCUCAAUUACCAACUGCACUAUAUGAAAUAAAGAAAGGGUUAAAGGCACAAGUACUCUGGCAAUAUCGUCAAAUAAGAUUUAUUACUUUGGAUGGUAGCGACAUUAUCAAAGGGGAAUUAUCUGUAAAAUUAUCCAAUUACCAUCGGGGCAACUUGAUUAAAUUAAACAUUAAUUCGAAAAAACCAUAUUUUAUUGAACAAUUGGUCGAUGCACAGAAUUAUCUUACUCUGGCUUUAGAUUCAUUGGAACAUACGAAUAAAGAUCUUACAAAAGAAAGUGCUCGUGAGUUGUUAGAUUCUGUCCUCAUUUACAUUUUAAGUAGUCGAUCAGUUUUAGUUUGUGCUCAUGAAGAAAAAUUAUUUCCUUAUAAAAUUUGUGAUCCUCAGAUGUUUGGUACAGCAAUACCUGAAGAAUUAGUAAUUCAAUUUCAUGUAGAAGGAUCAAACGUUAUUAGUUCGGUUUAUGGAUUACAAUAUCAUUCCUCUUUACCAUCACAAAAAAAAAAUGAAGAAGUUAUGGAAGGUUUAAUGAAAUUAGAGAGAGAAUGCUUAGCUUGGAAAGGGAAAAUUGCUUUAUUUAAAAAUUUGGAAUUGGGAAAUUAA